ACUUUUUAUUGUUGUUAUUAUUUAAGUUGGAAGAGAGUAGCAAAUCCUGUGGGUUGGGAUUCCUGAGCCCCAUCUUAUGUGUUAGCGUAUUAAAUUUAUUUCACAACGUGUACAGUAUCUCGUGUUCUGUUGUGGUUGUUAGCUCUACUUCUACUGACUUGAUGGGUUUGGUAGAUACUAGUCCACAAUUUUAUUCGGAGACCUAAAAAUGUUGAGCUUCUCCAGGUUUUACAAUAAAUUCCCAUCCUUAUGUUGUGUCAUUCUCCAAAAGAUUAUAUGGGAAAUUAUAAUAUUAUUUUUGGGUUCAAAUUGGAAUGAAAUAUCAUGGAGAAAUAGAAGGAAAAGAUAAAUAGUCAAAAGUCAGCAACACCAUGGAUUGGACUGGGAGGAAGAUGUCUUCUUGUCUUGAGAAACCAACCCCCCCAAAGAUUUCUUCUUUUUUUUUUUUUUUCUUCUGAUCGUUGUAGAUUUGUUGGAGAGCGUUCUACUUACCAUCUGACUUCGCCUCCACAACCCAAACAUGACAUAUCUACACACACAGACACACACACACUGUCUCCAGGAAUUUUGUCAGGACAGAAAUAUGUAUAUAUAUAUACACAGAGUCUAGGAAUUUUAUCAGUACAAAGUAUGUAAAACCUUAGGGACCUCCAUGGCUUGUGGUUACACAGAUAUAGCAGAAAUCCUAGAAUCCAUCAAAGAAGCAAACAUGAAAGAGGAGGAUGAUUUUGCCCAAGUCCCAGAAUCCAGCAAAGACAUAACAAAUAUGGAAGAGGAAGAGGAUCUUUUCGAGAUUGAUUUGGAGGCAGUAAACAGCAUCCCUCCACCAUAUUACUGGGACAGCUAUGGUACUGCAACUGGAAAUGCUCUCCUAGCGAACUGCUUGCUGCCUAUCUCCGAUAUUUCCUGCGCUGUGCCAAUGGUUUCCAAAGCAUGCAAUGCAUUGUCGUUUGUAGGAACAGGGAAGGUUCUAAUGGUUAUGGAGCUUGGGUUGCCGUCCUUGGGAGCUUUUGGGGUUCAACACAAGGAAAUGGGAGCUUAAUCUUAUUCAAACAUUAGAAAGUGAAUCAGAAGAACAAAAUGAAUUUAGCGUGGGGUUUGGUGCUGGUUUCUUUGUAUUAUUGGCAAUUAGAAAGAUUUAUCUUUGAUCAAUAGUUUAGUUAUUUUAAAUAAUUUGUGGGACUUUGUGCUCUUCAUCAUUUUCUCUCUUCUUGGGAUGGGUUUUUAUUUUGUUGUUGUUAUUAUUAUUAUUAUUAUUAUUAUUAUUUUUUAUGAA